GGGUAAACCUGUGCUGGCUCAUCAUCACCGAGUUCGUCAGGUGCUAGUGGCUGGGGUAACGGAGGUGCUUGUGAUGUUAACCUCAAAUUGCAUUUGCUAGGCUUUUCAACCUCAGUUGUCUGGCUAGCAGGCUGCUCGGUGAGCUCGGCAUCAGUCUCGACAUGGUGGUCCUCCGUUUUUUUGGACUUGGCAGUGCCUAGCCAUUUUCGGAUGUCCAUGCUGAUCAAAGUUUAGCCAUCUAGCGUUAGCUAUAAUUAUUCAGUGUACCACUAACAAAACGAAAUUAGCUGUCUGUAAAUCUGAGAUUUUUUUGAACUUCCUAAACAAGUACAUGAGCCACUCCGGCAUAUAGCUCUGUCCCGGCCUUCGCUACUGGCAGACACAGCGGCGCUACAUUGGCAAAACCAGUCAAUGAAGAAAGAAUGCUGUUGUGGAUAAUGGUUAAUCUAGGGUGUUUUAUGUUCACCCCCUUAAUACAUGUUAAUUCCUUAUAUUAAGCAAACCAGAUGGCACAAUGUUCUUGUUUUAAAAAUGUACGGAAAGCAAGGGGUACACUCCAACAUUGACAUCAUUUACAAACGAAGCACGUGUGUUUAGUCAGUCCGUCAGAUCAGAGGCAGUAUGGAUGGCAAGGGAUGUUCUGUUGAUAAGUGCGUGAAUUUGACUAUUUCCCUGUCCGGCUAAGCAUUCAAAAUGUACUUUUGGGUGUCAAGUAAUCAUUACUCCCUUUAGGAAUUUAACAUACGUGAAGUAAAAGUUGUCAAAAAUUAAAUUAGCAAGUUUUUUUUUUUACUAUACUUUACACCACUGGGUAAGAGUUAUGACCGUUUUGUUUAUGUCUACGUCACGCAACUCCCACAUUCUAUCAGAUUCAAGAUGGCUGCUGGGGAUAACAGCGGCAGGCCUCCCUGUCUAAAUUUAUCCGGCCCAGGGCCUUUAGGAAAUGGCCAGCCCAGCAACAGUGCUUAUUCAAUGCCUAUGUCCAACGGCGGGCCUGUUGGUGCGACCGGAGGGGCUCAGGGGGCUGCAAGGCGCCCCAACCCGCAGUCGGGGCCUGGCGGAGGUGAAAGCGCCGGUGUUGUUGCGGGAACUCCACCGACUGCACAUAACGCGAUUCAGCAAGCGCUAGCUCAAAGCGCCUCGGCAAGAGCGAUGGAGACCUCCGCUACGAACAUGACGUCGAAUGCUUCGGCUGCGAGUGUACCAACGACCCAUUCCUCGUUAUUGUCAGCACCAGCGGCCGCUGCUGUUUUGGUUUACCGGGAACCCGUGUACAAUUGGCAGGCGACGAAAAGUACCGUUAAGGAACGGUUUGCUUUCCUGUUCAAUAACGAGGUUCUGAGUGACGUUCACUUUCUGGUGGGGAAAGGUAUGGGAGUGCAGCGAAUACCCGCACACCGAUUCGUUCUUGCUGUGGGCAGCGCAGUCUUCGAUGCCAUGUUCAACGGGGGAAUGGCGACCACUUCAACGGAAAUCGAACUGCCAGAUGUCGAACCUGCAGCCUUUCUGGCAUUACUGAAGUUUCUGUACUCUGAUGAGGUUCAGAUAGGACCUGAGACAGUGAUGACCACUCUGUACACGGCUAAGAAGUAUGCAGUGCCAGCCCUGGAGGCCCACUGUGUGGAGUUCCUCAAGAAGAACCUGCGGGCAGACAAUGCUUUCAUGCUGCUCACUCAGGCUCGACUGUUCGAUGAGCCCCAGCUUGCCAGCCUGUGUCUAGAGAACAUCGAUAAGAACACUGGAGAUGCACUCGCCGCUGAGGGCUUCACGGACAUAGAUCUGGAUACAUUGGUGGCUGUGCUGGAGAGGGACACUCUAGGGGUGAGGGAGGUGCGUCUUUUUGUGGCGGCGGUGCGCUGGGCAGAGGCAGAGGCCCACCGACAGCAGCUACAGCCCACUCCAGAGAACAAACGCAGGGUCCUGGGCAAGGCCCUCGCCCUGAUCCGCUUCCCACUCAUGACUAUUGAGGAGUUCGCUGCAGGGCCGGCCCAGUCUAGUAUCCUGACAGACAGGGAGGUGGUGAGUCUGUUUCUUCACUUCACAGUGAACCCAAAGCCCCACGUAGAGUUCAUCGACCGGCCUCGCUGUUGCCUCCGGGGGAAGGAGUGCAGCAUCACACGCUUCGGACAGGUGGAGAGCCGCUGGGGCUACAGCGGAACCAGUGACCGCAUAAGAUUUUCAGUGAACAGGAGGAUCUUCGUGGUGGGCUUUGGCCUCUAUGGCUCCAUACACGGCCCCACAGACUACCAAGUCAACAUCCAGAUCAUUCAUACAGACAGUAACACAGUGCUGGGUCAGAACGACACAGGUUUCAGCUGCGAUGGCUCGUCCAACACCUUCAGAGUCAUGUUCAAGGAGCCGGUGGAGAUCCUGCCCAACGUCAACUACACAGCCUGCGCCACACUCAAGGGUCCUGACUCUCACUACGGGACCAAGGGCAUGCGUAAGGUGACCCACGAGUCUUCCUCAACCGGCACCAAGACCUGCUUCACCUUCUGCUACGCCGCGGGCAACAACAACGGCACCUCGGUAGAGGACGGACAGAUCCCCGAGGUCAUCUUUUACACAUAGUCCCCUCUGACCUGACCUUAUGACCUCAGGGGGCUCGGGGAUCACAGGACUGCUGAGACUCUGACCCUGUUUGAAUAUGUAUCAAAUGCCUAUCUUCACCCUGUGGACCUUCCUUGGUGAUGUACAGUAUCUCUGAUCGUAGGUGAUUGUUAAAUGUACAGGGAAACAUUGCUUUCACGCACUUAGACCUGUCGGAGGGAGGGCAUUUGUCAACUAUUCAAACAUUGUAUUUUUCUUUCUCUCAACUCCCCCUUCCAUUACCCACCAAACGUGGAGAGGAGCCUGUUUGUUUGAUGUUGAGGGGGAGUAAAUUCUGAGUCGGCUUGUUUUUACUGUUACUAUGAGAGUCGUCUUGUCUGCUUCCAGAGUCCUGGGGUUAAGUCCCAGAAUGGACUGGUGGAAGAGUCUUAAACUUGUCAGAAGUAUUUACAUGGGAAAAGGAAGAAAGCUUGGCAUGCAUUUAGUACCACCCUCUGUCUGCCUGUAUCCAAAAGCAUACGAAAGAUUGAGAUGUAUCCAGGGGCUCUAAUGUAUGUAUAGACUGUUACACUACCAAGGGUUUCUUCAAAUAGGCUCCAUCUCUGAUCAGUGACCCACCAUACUUCAGACUACUCCAGUCGCUAUUCCUUUGCUCUAGCUCUUCAGGGAGUACAAAUAUGAAUGGACUGGAUAAAUGUGUGGAAGUUUUCUACUCAGCCUAUUGAAGGGCUGGUGGGGGCAAUCACAAGCUUAUACUUUUCCUAUCUCUUCAGAUCUGUACCACGGAAGGAAAUAAGAGACUGGAAUGGGAUUGGGCCUCUUCGUCCAUUCCACACUGGAGUUGUGAUGGAAAUAACCCAGUCUCUCCCUGCUUCAAUGGGGAGUCACAGCCCAGGGCCAUGUGACAGUCUGGAGUUACACCAUAGACUAGUGGCCAAAAAGCUGUAUUAACAUGGGCUUCCACAAUUUUAAUGUAGUCAACUGGGUUGGACUUCCAACUAGAUUGGCCGAUCCCUCCUGGUGACAUGUCCAACUGGAUCAUCAGCCAAUUGUGAAGAGUAAUAUUCACUACUUCAAAAUGGAGAUAGCAUGGGCAGUGCCAUUGAGGCUAUAAUGGCACAGAUAAAGAUGAGUCCUCUCUCUGAGUUACACUUAACGAAGCUUGGGGAAAUAUCUGCCCUCCUACCUGAUAUUUUAUUAAGACAACAUUUCAACCAUCAGGUCACCAUAUCGAAAUGUCUUCUCCCAGGAUAUUCAGCACUAAAACAAAGCUUUUGGAUUAGUUUGUUCUGCCUGUUUAAACAUGAAUAAGAGCUAGUGUAAAUCCAUCUUUAACAGCCUUGUCUUGAAAUGUCCAGCUGGGAAAAUUCUUUGCUUUCACAAAAUAAGUUUGUGGGUUGUAUAUUAUACUGGCAUUUAACAUUAAUGUAGUUUGAAUUCACAAUGGAUUAAAAUGUUAGUUUGUGUGA